CAGACACUUUCAAGAUGGCGGCAAAACAAAGUUUGCACAAAAGCGAAAUUUUGAAAACGUGAAAGAAACGAUUGCCGAACGCGUGAUGCACAAUAUUCUUCGCCCAAUCUGUUCUAACCCAAUGUACAUUGCUACUAUUUGAAUUGUAUUAUCAAGAUGAGCGGCAAUUCUGUCGAAGAACGAGUCACUGAUGUAAUAUCGGACUUGCUGAGAAGUCAUGCCAUAGAGGAGGCUUUCUGCAACAUUAUUGUUCACAGUGAAGAAACCGAUGCAUGGAACAGCAAGUACAGUGGGGAAAAACUGAAGAAGCUAUGGCAGACAAUUCCACAGGAAUCCCAAGACAUCGGACUACGCACGUUUGUAGACUUGUUGCACCGCCAGUGCAAUGCCAGCAGAGUGAAUCUCCUGUGUGACCUGCUGGAAUCAAUGGUGGAGAAUUGUGUCGUAGCUCCAAGGUCUAUCUGUGAGGCUUUGCUGACCCGCGAGGGACUGAGCUACAGCCAGCCUCUGUUGUGGAAUGCUACUUUCAAACUGAUCAGGAAGAUUAUAGGAGGGGUGGAUUACAAGGGUGUGCGAGAUCUUUUGCGGGUGAUCCUGGACAAGUUGCAGAAUUCUCUGCCAUCAGACAAUGUGGCCGUCCAGCCCGAGGUGGAGGUGGUCACAGAUGUGGUCACAUAUAUCCUGGACAGAAAUGCAUGUCUCCUCCCCGCUUACCUGGCUAUUAAUGAGAUCACCAAAGUCUGCCCUGAUACAAGCACCUGGCCACAAUGGAGCAUGGGGAAGAUGUUGUCGAGUUUUGUGGACAGUUUCCGACCAGCUGCUCAGAUGGUCUCCAUUGCAGGGCGAAGUCACCUUCUGCCAGUGGUAGGGCACUCCAUGUCCAUGAAUAAUGUCUGGCGUCUCAAUACCACGACACUUCGCUUCCAUCUCAGUGGGCCGCUGCCCUACGACAAGGCUAUUCAGGACCCCCAGACAAACCUGCUGAGAUACGUGUUGGAGCAGCCCUACUCCCGUGAGAUGGUGUGCAACAUGCUGGGCCUCAACAAACAGGCCAAGCAACGCUGUGAAGUUCUUGAGGACCAGCUUGUGGAUCUGGUUGUCGUGGCAAUGGAGAGAUCAGAAUCUGAAGGUGUCAACGACGAUGCUGGGUUGAGUCAGUUGCUAUGGCAACACCUAUCUAGUCAGUUGAUAUACUUUGUGUUGUUCCAGUUUGCAAGCUUUCCCCACAUGGUCAUGUCCCUGUAUGAAAAGCUGAAAGGAAAGAACCUAAAGAAGGGGCGAGACCACCUGAUGUGGGUUCUGUUGCAGUUCAUCUCAGGCAGCAUACAGAAAAACCCUACUGUUGCAAGCGGGGGCCUGCUUGCUGACUUCCUCCCUGUGAUGAAGCUGUAUGACCUCCUGUACUCGGAUGACCAGCUGAUCCCCAUGCCCGAUGUGACCAAGCCCCGGUCAACACACGCUCUGGCCAGCACCUGCAUCUGGAUACACCUCAACAAGAAGGCUGAGAGUGACAAACAGAGGCUGCAGAGACCCAUACCGUAUGGUCUAAGAACACAUCUCGAAUUCUUGAAACAGACUUUCAACAACAACAACAAUCUCACCUUGAGUGACUACAAAAUAGCCCUGCUGUGCAACGCUUACAGCACCAACACUGAGUUCUUCAGCCUGCCUAUGGGCAAGCUGCUGGAGAGUGUGUAUGGGAACAACAAGAACACCACGCUGUUGCCCGGUAACAUCGUGGCGUCAGCGCCUACACAACCCCUGUCCAUGAGUCUGCUCGACUCUCUCACUGUCCAUGCCAAGAUGAGCCUGAUCCACAGUAUUGUGACCCGUGUGAUCCGCCUGGCCAAGAACAAGAACAACAUCUCCCUGGCCCCUGCCCUGGUGGAAACCUACAGCAGGCUGCUGGUGUACAUGGAGAUCGAGUCACUUGGCAUCAAGGGCUUCAUCAGUCAGCUUCUGCCGACAGUGUUCAACAGCCACGCCCUGGGCAUCCUGCACACCCUGCUGGAGAUGUUCAGCUACCGGCUGCACCACACCCAGAUCCACUACCGCAUCCAGCUGCUGGGACAUCUCCACACCCUGGCCACCAUCCAGCAGACAAACCAGAACCAGCUGCACCUCUGCGUGGAGAGCACGGCUUUACGCCUCAUCAUCAGUCUGGGCAGCUAUGAGGUUCAGCCCCAGCUGUCUCGUAUCUCCAACGAGUCCAAGAGCAACUCCUUCCUGGCGGGCGAGUCGGAGGAACUCAACAGGGCCCUGGUGCUGACACUGGCCAGAUCCGUACACAUCACAGGCCUGGACAGCUACUCCAACAACUGGUGCAAGGAGAUCCUGAUGUCCAUCAUGCAGAACACGCCGCUGGGGUGGCCGUCCCACACGCUGCAGUACUUCCCCCCCACCCUGGCCGACUACUUCAACCAGAACGCCGUCCUCAAGGACGACAAGAACCAGCUCAAGAGGAGUGUGGAGACCGAGUACAAGAAGUGGAAGAGUAUGGUGAAUGAAAAUGAUCUGAUUGCUCACUUCUCAAUGCAAGGCAAUGCUCCACUCUUUCUCUGCAUCAUUUUCAAGAGCUUGCUGGAGGACAGCAGAGUCUCACCUACAGCAUACAAGGUCCUUGAUCGCCUCGGACCACGGGCACUGUCCGCACAUCUAAGAGCAUUUGCAGAUUAUCUAGUCUUCGAGUUUACCACCGUCUCCGGCAACCAAAACAUAAACCGGUACAUGGAGGCUCUGAAUGAGAUGAUCUGGAGAAGCAACAUUGUCACCAUAGAUAGACUGGUUCUCUGUCUGAUCCUACGUAACCUGGAGGCUAACGAGGCUCAGAUGCGGUGCCUCAUUGUGCAGCUGCUGCUGGUGCAUCUCCCCGACUUCAAGAACAGAGUCCACGACUUCGUCAAGGAUAACACCCCUGAGCAUUGGCAACAAGCUAACUGGCAUGAGAAACACAUGGCAUUCCAUAAGAAAUACCCGGAGAAGUUCUACUACGAGGGGAUCCAGGACCUGAAUAACCCCAUCCACCAUCAGCAUCUUCCCGUCUACUUCGGCAACGUCUGUCUCCGCUUCCUUCCGGUUCUGGAUGUGACGAUUCACCGUCUCCUGGAGUUCCAGAAAGUGCAGAAGAUCCUUGAGAGUAUCCUGGACCAGAUCGGCUGUCUCUACAAGUUCCAUGACCGCCCAGUGACGUACCUGUACAACACCUUGUUUUACUAUGAGAAGCGUCUCUCUGGAAAGUCAAGUCUCAAGAGGAAGCUGGUCCAGGGUAUUAUAGCUGGGGCAUUCAAGGAGAUCCGCCCGCCCAACUGGUGUCUGUCGGAGGACUACAACCGCCUGUUGCAGAUGCCCCACGAUGACCUCAGCUGGAUCCCCGACCAGGACUACUACGUCCGACUCAUCGCUCGCCUCGUCGACACCAUUGGGGGCAAGAUUCCACCCCCCUUCCCGAACUGUGACUGGCGGUUCAACGAGUUCCCAAACCCAGCUGCCCACGCCCUUCAUGCCACGUGUGUGGAGCUGAUGGCACUUCCUGUCAGUAGUCCCAUCGUCGGCAACGCUCUGCUCGACGUGGCACUGAAGAGGUACAAAGAUGACUUUUGCUGUUUCCAACUGCCGAGAGACAAGAUCAUGUCUUGGAUGAAUGCUGUUGGCCUGGUACUGACAGCGCUGCCUGAGCCGUUCUGGGUGGUUCUGAAUGACCGUAUCGUCGACGCCUUCAACAGCACCCAGCUGACCCAGUCCAGCUACAAGUACCCCUUCCAGAUGUUCAACUUCCACUCCAGCCACAUCGUGUUUGCCGAGCAGCAGUGCAGCUACCUCCUCGGACUCUGCCACGCCAUUUGGCACCACGCCGGCAUCGGACAGCUCAGCCAGCUGCCACAGUUUCUAAAGGAGCGCCUGAAGCCGGUGAUCAAGACGGAGGAGCAGUACCUCUACCUGUGCCACCUGAUCGGGCCCUUCCUCCAGCGCUUCCACGUCGAGAGAACAAGAUGUCUGCUGGAACUGACGGUGGAGCUGUAUGAGAUCCUGAUGACUGUGGACAAGUCGUGUGAACACCUCAACUUCAUGGACCCCAUCUGUGACUUCCUCUACCACAUCAAGUAUAUGUUCAUCGGGGAUGGUGUGAAACACGACGUGGAGAAGGUCAUACGCAAUCUUCGACCUGCUCUUCAACUCCGCCUCCGUUUCAUCUCCCACAUCAAUGUCGAGGAGCCAGUGUCUGCCUGAUGGAUGCUCUCACCAUUGACCACUGGUUUGUGUGGUCCCACUCGAUAUGCAAUGAUACAGCUGAUGUAUGGUACUGUAGAGCGUCACACCACGUUCAGUCACUCACUUUGUUUGUUAUCAUGGAAAGUGCAUCAGUAAGGGUGGUGGGGUAGCCUCGUGGUUAAAGUGUUUGCUCGUCACGCUGAAGACUCAAGUUCGAUUCCCCACAAGCGUACAAUGUGUGAAGCUCAUUUCUGGUGUCCCCCUCUGGGAUAUUGCUGGAAUAUUGCUACAAGUGGCGUAAAACCAUACUCACUCACUCACUCACUGCAUCAGUAAGGGCUAUGUGCAAACAACCAACACCAAAGAAGUUCACCAAAACCAGAGUGGUGCCAGUAGCACUUCAGUUUUUCAGUAUACAUCGAGGUGUGAACAGUUGUCAUGAUCUGGACUUAUGAAGUUCUUCUGACGGGAUGUUUGAAACAUCACCUGCUGGGAGUUAGCUCCCUUCCUCCCCAGUGUAAUGUCUGUCACAUAUGAUCUGGCCAUACAGCAGAGAUCAAACAGCUUGAAAUGAGCUUGAUGUUAAAUAAGUAAAGACACCUUUGAUGCAAGAAAUAAUGUCAAUGUUGGCUGAAUACUUCUGCUUCUGCUUUGUACUCAGAAACCGUGAGCAAAUAUUUCAUGUGAGUAACCUUCACCUUGCAACACUUCUGACAUGACAACAACAUCAAAACUCUACCAAGAGACUCCCGAAUACCUCCAGGCCACAUAUCCUGGUAUCCCGGAACAUUCCAGGAAACAGAAGUCAGCAAACUUCCAUUCAGGAUGAGCUGUCAACAAAACCUAGAUGUACAGGAUUCAGCUGCAGCCAUUGGAAAGAUCCUUUCCUGCAAAAUAAUUUUUUUUGAAAGAUGUAGAACGUUUCUGUCAGGUUGCCCAAGUUCGGUAGGGUAUGUUUCAGUGCAUGGACGAUCAUGUAUUAUAAUGUUGGGACUCUGAAGUGCACAAAAUGCAAAACGUAAAGUAAAGGAAUGACAAGACUGUCAUCUCCGCCCCUCGCCCACAUGGUGUUGGCCGUUACUCUUAAACAGUAAGCAUUUUGCUGAUUUUCUCACAAAAGCCAUUGUUCAACUCAUUCCAGUAUUUGCCAUGUGACAAGGAUAGACAUGCCAUCAUUGUCAAACUUCAUUCAUGAUGCUAUCUCCAUUGUGCUGAGAAUUGUAUCUGCUCUUAUUUAGAAGUUCCUGUUAGCGUCAAAAAUUAAAACGAGAUAUUUGUAAAUGGAAUUUUAAAAACAAAUUUUCGACGUACCUAUCAGCCUUAAUUUGGGGCCAAAAUUCUGUAAACUGAAAAAAAGGAAAAAGAGUCUGACCCAACAUCUGUAUACGGAAGGCAGAUGCUCAGGAGAAAUAGAUUAUGGGAAUAAUAGCAGUUGAUCCUCAGACAAGUACGUUAUGAAAUAUUUGUAUCAGCAGGCAUCCUUUAUGGCAUUGUAUGAAGUUGGUGUCAAUACUUGGUGUCAAUACUGUAUUUUCUUGUAAUCAUGCUGGCAUUUCACCUUGAAUGUUGUACCCUUGUCUCAGUCCAUAUGUGUACCCUGUCUCUGUCGAUAUGCUUCUUUGAUAUGUGGAAUUAUGUAUCCUCAUAAAAAAAACUGAUAUUUCAAUGAGCGUGACCCCUGGACAACAUGGCCUCCAGUUUCAACAUUCACUACUUUAAUCAAUGUUCAAAUUUGUGUUUGUCUCAAGUGAAUGUUUCAUAUAAACGCACAUCCUAUACAUGUGGGUUUUACGUUCAGAAACAUUUAAUUUAGGAUGGAAAUCUUUGCCGCUGUAACAUUUCCAUCGUCAACAUAUCAUUUGAUAGUGACAUAGUGACAGUUCAUGUAUCUCACACGAUGACAAAGAUGUCUGACUUGACCAACCCGGUGGGAUUCCAUGUCAGACUUGGCCCAAUGGCCAGGUUUGCCGACUUGGUUGAUAGCAUUUCAUCAUACUCUGACAGUGUGGAUUUUUGCUCAUAAUAUCAAUCACUAGAUUAACUGGUCCAGACUCCAUUCUUGUUGCGAAUAGAUGCAAGAUUGCUGAUGCGAUCACUCCCUCACACCAGACUCAAUUAUUUACAGACUGCCAUCAAAUAGCUGAAAUAUUACUGAGUGAGGCGUUAAACAACAAACAAACCAUCUUGAUCCUCCGUGCAGUGUUUCCUAUAUAUUGAAAGCAGCAUGGUUCUGCCAUGUCCGUCUCGGGAGGCUUCAUCCCAACCAGACUUGACUAUUUUACAGACCACCGUCAUAUAGCUGGAAUAUUGCUGAGUGCGUCAUUAAACAAAAAACAAAAAAAUCAUUCUGUAAUUUGUCAAGAUGGUAAGAUAUAUUCUGGAUGUCUUAUUGCACGAAUGGGGAGCACGGGUGGCCCAGUCGUCUAAAGAGCUGUGAUACGCUGUGCAGAGUUGCGUCCCUUGGACACGCCAGAAACCUAUGAUUGUGGGUUCGAAUCCUGGUUCACCCCGAUUAUGUUUCUAGG